AUGCGCUUCCAAUCCAUCGCCAUUGCCCUUGCCGGCGCAACCACUGCCAUGGCUGCUGCUGUUCCAGGAAAGAGCACCCUGUUGGACCGUCAAGCUGCCCUCUGCUCCGGCGCGAGCAGCAGCCCAGUCUGUUGCGCGACCGAUGUUCUCGGUGUGGCCGACCUCGACUGUGCUCCUCCACCGGAGACCCCAACUGAUGUGGAUAACUUCGGCGAAAUCUGCGCAGCCAUCGGACAAAGGGCUCGCUGCUGCUUGUUGCCCAUUGUAAGUGGUACCCUGCAAGCCGGCAUCGUGGACCAGAGGAAAGCUAACAAUACCAACCAACAGCUCGAGCAAGGCCUCAUCUGCUCCGCCCCAGCUUAA